AUGUACGCCCAGUGCGAGGCCGAUCCCAACCCCGAGGAGGCGUACGAGCGCACCCACAGGCUCAUGGCCGACGAAUGCCUGAAGCUCGCUCAGUCGCACGGAGGUAUCUACAACAAGGCGGCGCAGUUCGUGGCGUCCCUGCAAGGAGGAGCGGGCGAUAAGGGAAUCCCGAAAGCCUACAUCGAGGCGCUCAAGGUCGUCACGGACAAAGCACCCUUCAAGAAGUUUUCUGAUAUGGACGAGUGCUUCCGAGAGGAGUUUGGGGGCAAGAGCGCCAAGGAGGUAUUCGCCUCCAUAGAGGAGACCCCCAUCGCCGCGGCGUCCCUCGCGCAAGUCCACCGCGCGGUGACGAAGGAUGGCCGCCACGUGGCGGUCAAGAUGCAGUACCCCUGGCUCAAGCAUCACCUCGCCUCGGACUUUGCGGUGUUCACGAUGUUCGGGCAGCAGAUCAAGCCCGGAGGUUUUGACCUGUCCUGGCUGGUGCGGGACUUUCAGGUGUCCCUGACGGCCGAGCUGGACUUUGAGGGCGAGGCUGCGAACGCGGAGCGAUGCGCCAGGGAUCUCGCGCACCGACCGGAUGUGUUGGUUCCCAACGUGAUCAAGGAGUUCUCCUCGAAGCGGGUGAUGACGACGGAGUACGUUCCCGACAUGACCAGGGUCGACGACAGGGAAGGUCUCAUCAAGGCUGGUUACGAUCCCAAACGCGUGGGAGCCGCACUCGCGAGUGUCUUUAGCGAGAUGGUCUUCGUCCACGGACACGUCCACGGCGAUCCACACGCGGGCAACGUUUACACGGAAGCGUCGGCUUCGUCAACAUCCGUCGAGCCCCAGAUCGUCCUCCUGGACCACGGCCUGUACCACGACAUCUCCGAUGAGCUGCGCGCGGAUUUCUGCGAGCUCGUCCGUGCGAGUGUUAA